UGCCACCUCUCUUUCUCUUUAAUUGGACAGAUCGAUAUACUAGCUCAUUAAAGCAUUUCAUUCUGUUCAUUAAUUAACCAUGGAAAACUCUGAAGCUGUUGAGAGGAGAAGGAAUAUGGAGUGGGUGGAGCAGGAGGAAGAAGAGUUGGUGGUGGAUGGAAAAGUUGAUUGGAGAGGAAGAAGAGCUGUGAGAAACAAGCAUGGUGGCUUCACAGUUGCUGUGCUCCCACUAGUGAUGUUUGCAUUUGAGAACAUGGCAACACUCUCAAUAGCAGUGAACUCGGUGACAUACUUCAACCGCACCAUGCACUAUGUGCUAUCAGACGCGGCUAACAUGGUCACCAACUACAUGGGUGUCAGUUACAUUCUCUCCAUUCUUGUGGCCCUUCUGGCCGACACCUGGAUUGGCAGAUGCAAAUCCGUUCUCAUCUCUGCCUUCUUCGAGUUUUUGGGCCUCGCAUUGCUCACAGUUCAAGCACACAGCAAAAGCCUCAAACCCCCACUUUGCAACGUGCUGGAUCCAACUGCAAAGUGUGACAAACUCGCUGGCAGUAAUCAAGCUUUUCUUUAUCUCGGCCUUUAUGUCUUGGCCUUGGGGAGUGCAGGGGUGAAGGCUUCGCUUCCAUCGCACGGUGCAGAUCAGUUUGAUGAGAAGCACCCUAAGGAAUCCGUGCAGAUGUCCACGUUCUUCAACGGUCUGUUAUUUGCUGUUUGUGUUGGUGGCACCGUCAGCCUAACCUUGUUUGUGUACAUACAAGACCAUAAAGGAUGGGAUUGGGGCUUUGGAAUCUCCACUGUUGCUAUUUUCUUAGGCCUCCUAAUCUUUGCUUUUGGAAUUCCACUUUACCGAAUCCAUGUUUUAAGUGAAACAAGCGCCAUCAUUCAGAUCAUUCAGGUCUAUGUUGCUGCAAUUCGCAACAGAAACCUUCAACUUCCUGCAGAUCCUAUGGAACUCUACGAGAUUGAACAGGACAAAGAAGCAGCCCUAGACUUGGAAUAUCUACCACAUAGAAAUAUUUACAGAUUCUUGGACAAAGCUGCAAUCCAAGAAGCAGAGAGGGGUCCAUGGAAAGUAUGCAGAGUGACACAAGUGGAAAAUGCAAAAGUGAUUGCAAGCAUGGUGCCAAUAUUCCUAUGCACAAUAAUAAUGACUCUUUGCUUAGCACAACUCCAAACCUUUUCAGUCCAACAAGGCUACACCAUGGACACAAGAAUCACCAACCACUUCAACAUCCCCCCUGCAUCUCUCCCAAUCAUCCCGGUCCUCUUCUUGCUCAUCAUCAUCCCUCUCUACGACCGCAUCUGCGUCCCCCUCCUCCGCAAGAUCACCGGCAUCCCUACCGGCAUAACGCACCUCCAGCGCAUAGGCGUCGGCCUCCUCCUCUCCUCAAUCUCAAUGGCAAUUGCUGCAGCCAUAGAAGUCAAAAGAAAGAACGUUGCGAGAGACAACAACAUGCUUGAUGCAGCUGAGCCAUUGCCACUCAGCAUAUUCUGGCUCUCUUUUCAGUACUUUGUGUUUGGAAUAGCGGACAUGUUCACCUACGUCGGCUUACUUGAGUUCUUCUAUUCGGAGGCGCCAAAAGCGCUUAAGUCCACGUCCACUUGCUUUCUUUGGUGCUCCAUGGCGCUUGGCUAUUUUCUUAGUACCAUAAUGGUUCAGAUUGUGAAUGGUGCAACGAAGAAUAUCACUGCAAGUGGAGGGUGGUUGAGGGGGAAUAACAUUAACAGGAACCAUCUGAACUUGUUCUUCUUGUUACUUUCGGUGCUGAGUUUGAUUAACUUCUUUGUGUAUUUGGUGGUUUCAACAAGGUACCAGUACAGACCUCAAGGACCUACGGCUUCAGUUACAGUUACCAGAAGGACCAUUCCAAUGAAUGAAAACUUGUGAAUUCUCUACUUUCCCUUUUAUUUAUCGUAUCAAUGAAUGAAUGUAUUGAUGUGUGUAUGUUUUCUUUCUUUAUAAGUUGAUUUCAU